CAGCCUCACUGCGGAGUGCUAUAUGGAAACUUUGAAGCCUAGAUACUACUGCCUGGAGAGAUACACUGAGGACGUGCACCAUGGCACGACUUCUCUGGAGCUGCUAUCCUCGGUGUGCAGUAUGCAGCAGCAACGGCACGACGGCCUGUUCCAGAAGCACGGCGACUAUGCCAUCGUCGGCUUGAAGGACGCGGCGACGUUUGAACCUGCGGGGGGUACCCAGCACCUCGAGUUGACGACUUCGGCCGGGAGUCUCAGCGAUCUGCAGUACGCUGAGAUCUCCAGUACCCAGCCCGGUACGGCCGUCGUUUACGUGAAUCCUCCGUCCUCGCAGUAUCAGUCCUACAAUGCCGUCGGCGGCGAAACACUCGUGGGAGCGCUUUCUCCCGUUUCAGCAGCAACAUUCCACUCCCCUCCCUACUCUGCGGCUCCGUUCACUUAUUCAAAGUCUCAGUUCACCUGCGACGUUCACUCUCCCUCGACUGCCGUCCCCCCUCCGUCUUACAGCGCCUCGGUUAGCGGCGUGCUGUCUCCCAGCGUACAUGAGACGGACAUGGGCCUAAGCGGCGGAAUCUCCGAGGCCUCUACUAAUAUUAACACGGCUACCUCACUUCUAAACGGCGACCCGACCACACGACAUUAUGUGCAACCGACGGUUCAUCACUUGCAAGGAAUAGUUCCACACUCCCUUGCACCCCCGCCGCUCGUUUCGGCCGCGGUCUGUCAACCGAGCCUCUCCUCACCUACUACUUGUCCAGGCCUACCACCACCACUGAUAGCCAAGACCGAGGCGCAUUCUCCGGCCUGCAACGGCGGGAACAACUUUGCAUCCCCAUGCCCGUUCUCCGCGGACUCUGCGGGCGGUUCCGCGAGUCCCACUGCGCAACAAGUGGCGGCGCAACAGUGGUGGUCGACGUCCCAGCACCAGCAUCCUCAGCUACCUUCCGGGAGUGCUGCCGGCAGUGGUAGCGACAGUUCCAUGCCG